AUGGACGCACAGAACUUAGCGAAUGCACAGCAACCUGGACAACCAAACCCAGAGAAUAUUCCAAAUGAAGUUAGAAUACAAACUGCAAUGGCAAACUAUGGUCAAGUGCCAACAGAUGUACAAAUGCAAACUGCCAUGUCAAAUGACGCUGCGUUAGGUUUGCCACCAUGGUAUGCAAAUAUGAGAUGGAAAGAGUUUUAUACAAACCCCGAAGUGGGAUAUAAACAACUUUAUGCAGAUGACGCGAACACAGGAGUUGACCCAGAAUAUGUUUUCUACCAGAGGAGA